UGCUCUUCUUCUCUUCUUCUCUUCUUCUUCUACUAUUACUUCUUCUAUUACUGCUUCUUCUUCUGCUCUUCUUCUCUUCUUCUCUUCUUCUAUACCACUAUUAUUGUUACUACUACUUCUCUUCAAUCUCAUAAGCACCCCCGUGGCGUCGCUCGGCCUUGUCCGCCUCCGCCACCGCCAUUGUCUCCCAUCGGUGGCGCCGCCUCCUACGACGAUCAAACUCUAUCCGUGCGGCUCUAAACCUUACUCGCUUCUCCGUCCUCCUCCUUCCGUCCUCGCUUCCGGUCUCUGUCCUCUUAUCUUUCCUCCUCCCUAUUUAACCUCCUCCGUCCGCCCUCCACUCCUCUGCCUGCUCUGCUCUUGUCUGUUUCGGCGAUUCUCCCUCUCUUCUCCUUCCCUUCUUCUUCUCUUUUCUCUUCUCUCUUCUAUCUCCUCUCAUCUCUCAUCUCCCAUCUCCCAUCUCCUCAUCUCUUCCUACCAUGGGCGUGGCUGACAUAGUCCACUCCCUCAACCUCAAGGUCGCCCGCUCCCCGGUCGGCCGCUGGUUCAGACUCGAGAACUCCGGUUCUCGUCGCGAGCGCACCGGCGCCUUCUUCUUCACCGAAAUCCGCGCCGGGCUCGCUACCUUCUUCGCCAUGGCCUACAUCAUCUCCGUCAACGCCUCCAUCACCUCCGAGUCGGGUGGAACCUGUGUCUGUAAUGGCACUACCGAUGACCCUACCUGUGAUGCUGAUACUGAUUAUAUGGCCUGUGUUCAAGUCGUCAAGCAGGACCUCGUCACCGCCACAGCCGCCAUCGCCGCCCUCACAACCUUCUGCAUGGGUCUCUUUGCAAACCUUCCCAUCGGCCUCGCCCCCGGCAUGGGCCUCAACGCCUACUUCACCUACCAGGUCGUAGGCUACCACGGCUCCGGCUCCAUCUCCUACAAGCUCGCCGUCACCGCCGUCUUCGUCGAAGGUUUCAUCUUCAUCGGCCUCUCCAUCUUUGGCAUCAGGCAAUGGCUCGCCCGCUCCAUCCCCACCACCAUCAAGCACGCUACUGGUGCCGGCAUCGGUCUAUAUCUCACAUUCAUCGGUCUCUACGGCUCGGCCGGUCUCGGUGUCACCACCGGCUCGACGUCCACCCCCGUCGACCUUGCCGGCUGCGCGCUCGAGUACCAGGGCGACGCUGAUCUCUGCUCCGAGCACCAGAUGUCGGACGGCCGCAUGUAUCUCGGCAUCUUCCUCGGCGGCUUCAUCACCGUCUUUUGCAUGCUCUACCGUAUCAAAGGUGCCGUCAUCAUCGGCAUCGCUAUGGUUUCAAUCGUGUCCUGGCCUCGUCUGAGCCCGACUACAUACUUCCCUUACACCACCGAUGGCGACACGCGUUUUGAUUUCUUCAAGAAAGUCGUCACCUUCCACAAGAUUGAAAAGAUUCUGGCCGUGCAGGAGUGGAAUAUUGGCUCCAUCCCCGGCGGCACCGGCGAGUUCUGGCUCGCGCUCGUCACCUUCCUCUACGUCGACAUCCUCGACACCACCGGUACGCUCUACUCGAUGGCCAAGUUCGCGGGAUACAUGAACCCCAAGACCGGCGACUUUGAGGGCUCCGCGGUCGCCUACAUCGUCGACGCGAGCGGCAUCGUCAUCGGCUCGUUGUUUGGCACGCCGCCCGUGACUGCCUUUAUCGAGUCCGGCGCCGGUAUCUCCGAGGGCGGACGGACCGGCUUGACGGCUAUGACUACCGGUAUCUGCUUCUUCAUCUCGAUCUUCUUUGCGCCUAUCUUCGCCUCGAUCCCGCCGUGGGCUACUGGAUCCACGCUCGUGAUUGUCGGCGCGAUGAUGAUGGGCGCUGUCGCUGAAAUCAACUGGCAAUACGUCGGCGACUCGAUCCCUGCGUUCCUGACGAUCGCAGUCAUGCCGUUCACCUACUCGAUCUCGUACGGCCUUAUCGCGGGAAUCCUAUCCUACAUGCUCCUCAACAUCGGCGUGUGGCUGAUCGACAAGCUAUCAAAGGGCCGCAUCACGCCCGAGAACUACGAAAAGCGCGAAGGCUGGACGUGGCGAAUGGCAGUCGGCGAGGACGACGAGUCCGAGAUCGACCCCACCCUUCCCUCGACCUCUGCCUCCAAGCCCAAGCGCCUGACGCCGCUCGAGAUCAUGACGGUGUUUUUCCCGCCGUGGCUGACGAGGCUGGUCGUGCAUCGCAAGAAACGGUUCUGGGAGGAAGACGAGGCGGAGGGCGCGCGGGUGAUUAAUAGUAAGGAGAUGCGGGACGAUGGCGGGACUGUGAUUGAGACGAUCACGACGUCUGAGGAUGGACCGUCGUCGUCGAGUAAGGAGAGCAGUGCUAUCAAUGAGAAGGCGGAGUAGUUAUGAUUGUUUUACGGUAGUAAUGGUUGAUUUUACAUCUUAGCAGUAGCAGUAGCAGCAGCAGUAGCAGCAGCAGUAGCAGCAGCAGUAG